GCUAACAAUAACAUAAAUCUUAAGUGGGAGGAAUAACAAACACAUAAUUACAACUAAAGCAUAAGAAGCAAAUGCAUUUUGUGCAAUCAUUGUCUGGAUUUUGCAUGAUUACGAUUCCAUGGCGUAUCGAUCCCCACAUUCUGAGCUGCAAAUUAAAAAGGGACUAGACGACCCACCUCCUUUGAUUCUUUUUUUUAACCCUUUCCCCAUCUUCACAGCCCAAUAAACUACACAAAAGGACAGAUUCCACCACCCCAUUCUCUUCUAAUCAUCAUCAUAGCCGGCUAACCACGAGCCCAACGGCCAAAGUAGCUACUGCCUAGUGAAAAAACAAAACACUAGCACCUACUAAUUAAGCAUGGAUUCCCUUUCAUCCCCACAAUCAACCCACUUAAUACAAGUGGGUUGUUCCAACCCUACCUUUCAUAAUUAACUAGAGAAAGAAUUUGAGACCACUCUCAAGUGAGUUCAACGCCUUAAUCACUUUACCUGCAGUAAUUUUGAUGACGAAAUCAAUAGAAAAAUUGCAUCCUAUGAGAAUGACAUUUGUAACCGAAUGUAACUCAACAUAAACAUCAUCCCCUCUUGUUCUCACUUUUGAUGCAUUAACAAUAGUAAAUUGUAUGUUUAAAAGGUACAUUAUAGAGAAGUUGGUAUCAUAUGUCUUCUUCUAAUCAUAUUAUGUACAUGCAUUGAACUGAGACAGUGAUUUUCACUAUAGAAACAAAUAUAGAGCAUGAACUUGAGAAGAACAAUGUUGAUUGACAAAAUUCUCCAAAACUAAACCCACUCAAAAGUUGUUUGAUUAUUUUAAUUUUUAUCCUCUGGAAAAUAAGUUAAAAAAAAAAGAUAUUUAAUCAAACAUAGAAAAUGGCUAUCAUUGCUGUCAUUAUGAUCACCAUCAUUAGCCAACGUUGUUUAUUCAUCAUCCUCAUCAGCCUUCAGCAUUCAAACAAAUAUAAAUGGAGAAAGAGAUUGAGCUAUGGAGUAUUGACUAGCAUAGCAAGAAAGAGUAGCCAGAGAGAAGAAGCGCUCUCACAACUAAAGAGAUCCAUCCGCAGCCGGUUUCCAUGGUGUCGAGCUCCAGCGUGUUGGUGGGUUGGUGUCGGCCACGGCGGCGGCAAAGGAGGCGGAGGGGCAGCACCAUAAGGCUAGGUAGCCGACGGCGUGGUUUCUGGCUGGGGACACGGCCGCCGGCGGUAAAAUGGGGAUUGGUGGCGGCUCCUCUGAGACUGCUGAAGAGAAUGAUCAUGGAUUUAGAUUCGGCCGCUUCUCCUUGUUUAGAGGCUUAUUUCCGCAGUUUACCCUUUUUACGUCCUCAAAUUUUCCCUCUUUGCUGAAUCACUCCUCUCUGUCAUCAAUCAACAAAAUUUUCGUCCACUCUGCUCUUUUUUCUCUCUGGAAGAAAAGUCUGUACGAAAUUGGAUAAAGAUACAAUUAUGGGGUAUGUAUUUGGCUUGUCACGAAACAUUGAGGGGUGAAGUUACGGCCAAAUAAUAAUAUUUGUUCGAUAAAAAUUAUGAGAGCGACUAACCCGACCCGACCCGGAUCCGGAUUAAUAAUGACCCGCUCCGACUCCUAGCCUUAUCAGGAACGGCGCCCCCUCUUUCUUCUUCUUAACUUGAUACCAAAUUUUCCCCGGAAAACCAAAUCGAGGAGCAGAGCAGAGCAGAGGCAAUCAAUCAUGGCGCUUAUGCUGUCUUCACAGACCGGCGCCGUCCUCCAAGCUCCUCCGCUCCACAGGCACCAGCCCGGCAGGAUCGCGGCCUCCGCAUCUCUACCAUUGCCGAAACCUCUUCUCCCGAAACUGUCACUCUCCCAUCGAACGAACGCCCCAAAGCCCAGGGUUAGGGUUUUGGCUUCGCUAUCCACCCAAUCCUCGCCAGUCCCCACGCUGUCUCCUCCAUCCGAUUCCCAGCUCGCGCUCACCGGAGCAACUCGGACGGUCACCACAAUCGUAACCCUAGCCUUGUCCCUGUCGCGCCUGCUCGUCAACAAGCUCGCACUGUUGGUGCCGGGAUGUGCGAUCGGCUCGGGAGCGGCGGCGGUUCGUUCCGCCGGCCCUCUCUUCUUCGCGGCGCUCAAGGACCGCCCCAGCGGUUAUCUCAAUACCCCGUUGACCGUGGUGGCGGCGGGGCUGGCGAAGUGGCUGGAUAUCUACAGUGGCGUGCUGAUGGUGAGGGUGCUGCUGAGUUGGUUCCCAAACAUCCCGUGGGAGCGGCAGCCAUUGUCGGCUAUAAGGGACCUGUGCGACCCGUAUCUCAACUUGUUCAGGAAUAUCAUCCCUCCCAUUUUCGAUACCCUGGAUGUGAGCCCGCUGCUGGCUUUUGCUGUUCUGGGGACGCUUGGGUCUAUUCUCAACAGCAGCAGGGGAAUGUAUUGAGACAAGGAAGAGUAAGAAAUGUGGUGCAAGUUCAGGUCUUUUCGUCAUUUUGGAUUUCUGCAAUCUCAUAGCUUAGCUUUCGGGUUCAAGUGAUUUCUGGGUGAGGGAGCAAUGGUGCAUCGUAUAAAAUCUGCAUCGAUUGUACAAGUAUCUCAAGUUUGGAUCCCCAGUUUAGAACUAUUUUUUGGUGAUGAAUAGAAGUGAACUGCUUCAGGGUUUAAUCAUAUAGGCCUGUACUUUGUACCUCGGAGAUUAUGCGAAUAAUGUAUUGGAUGGAUG